UCUAGGGCUUUGCAGAGGAGACGACAAUGGCGGAGGAUCAAGCGCAAGCGCGAGCUCGCGAGAGGAUGGAGGCGACCAACCAAGCGACGAUAGCGGGCGCCAAGGGCGCGCUUCUGUCGACGGCGAUCACUGCUCCAAUUGUGCUCUUGUCGGCGCGGAAAUUCGAGUGGGUGAGGAAGAAUAUCAAGCCCACCGGGCGGGCGAUCCUGGUUUGCUUCCCAGCGGUGGGGACGUUCUUCGUUGUGGCGGAUAAAUCGAUCCUUAAGAGCGCCCGCGAUACAUCGCUCGCCAGGAUCCAGAACAAAACCUAGAUAGAAAUGAAAUUGUUUUUAACCCUUUGGGUUUGAAAUGCCACAUUUAGGUAUGGGUUUUUGGAAAAAUUCUUUCUAG